GACUCAGUCAUCCCAUUCAAUAUGGUUUUACAAAAAUUGAAAAGCAAAAUUACGAGAGGCGAUAAUGCUGAAACAUAUCAGGCCUCAGAAGGUGUUGAGGAGAUAAACACAGAGAAUCAGUCUAUACUUUUGGGAAUAAUUGCUCAAUUGCGUCCGGGGUGUGACUUGUCAAGAAUUACUCUCCCAACUUUUAUUUUGGAGAAGAAGUCUAUGCUAGAAAGAAUCACCAAUGCAUUUAUGACUCCUGAGAUUUUGAUUGAGGCAAAUGCCACUGAAGAUGAGGUUGAUAGGUUUUUGAAGAUCGUUAAGUGGUAUUUAUCUGGAUGGCACAUAGCGCCCAAAGCCGUGAAGAAACCAUUGAAUCCUGUUCUUGGAGAAGUAUUCAGUUGUUACUGGAACAAAUUACCACAUGACUGUAGCGCAUAUUAUGUUGCAGAGCAAACCUCACAUCAUCCUCCAGAAUCUUCUUAUUUUUACUUAAUACCUGAACAGAGGAUUCGGGCAGAUGGUGUUCUUAUCCCAAAGUCGAAGUUUCUUGGUAAUUCUUCUGCAGCAAUGAUGGAGGGAGUAGCUUGCCUUAAACUUGGCUUACAUGGCGGUGAGUCUUACACUGUAACACAACCAAACAUAUAUUGCCGUGGAAUUUUGUUCGGAAAACUCAGAUACGAGCUAGGUGAUCAUAUGUUGGUCAAAUGCGAAGACACAGGUUUGGAGGCUGAUAUUGAAUUUAAGACAAAAGGUUUUUUGAGCGGCGAAUACGACACAAUCGAAGGCACAGUUCAACGCGGUGGGAAAGUCUUAUACUUGAUCUCUGGGAAGUGGAAUGGGCUAAUGGAGAUUCAAGAAAUCGCGACAGGAGAGAAAAAGACAUUUUAUGAUACUUCAAAUUCUUCGGUCAUACAUGCACAUGUGAAGCAGCUUGAAAAGCAAGAUCUAAACGAGUCACAGAGAUUAUGGCAUGACACAAUAUCUGCUCUAGAAAAGGGAGAUCAUGAGACCGCCACCAAUAAGAAGUUUGAUGUAGAAGACAAGCAGAGAGAAGAGGCGAAAGAAAGACGUGAGAAAGGGGAGGAAUUUGUUCCCAAACUUUUCAAAAGCACCGCAGACGGCGAAAUUCCCUACUCAAUCAACGCAGAGAUAGAUAUCCUUGAAGACAGUCCAGAAACAAUGUUGGCCAAACUUUUUGCUGUUCACCAGAUACACUGAACAUUCUUUGCAUGAUUCUUUUGUGUCUUAACUCGCAGUCCUCCGUUGGUUCUAAUCUAUUGUAUUUGUUUUCGAGAAACCUGGACAUUUCCAAGUCUUUGGUGAGAGUGCGUUCAGAGAGACUUUUUACCAUAUGUAGUGUAAAACUAACCAACCAGACUCAAAUGGGUGGCAGAAAUGUAGGGGGAUUAGAUACAUCUACCAGGAGGUUGUACCCUUUUUCUAAGAUUUGCGCAAGCUACAACUGAUUUUUCCCCAACA